UGGUUUGCACAAUCAGUUCUUGGAGCAGAAUUGCAAAAACGUGCGUUAGCUUGAUCGGUUUGCCCCGCCAAAUAAAUUUAAGGGUAAGUGCUUCAAAGGUUAACUUUCUUGCGGCCGAGAAAAACAAUUACCGGAAAGAAGUCAACCAAGAGACACUUGUCGAAGCAUCACGUAGCAGUUUCCAUUUUAAGUGGGGUAUCCAUGGGAACGAAAACGUAUUUCGACUGUAACCGUUGGCAAACAGAAGAAAUUUUCACAAAUCCGUGACGAGGGACUCAUCUUUUUCUCUGUUUUAUUCCUGCCUGAUCGUGCAGUCCGUUUCUGCCAUCAAACUGCAAUGUCGUCUUCCAUCGUUACAGCUGUGAUAGACUCAUCCAUCGGUGCACUGAUUAGUAUAGGUCGCACCCUAGCAGCAGAAAAACUGAAUCAUGGCGACGUUGUAGAUGCUAAACUACGCCAGUUUAUCAUUAAAAACACGGGCGACAUCAAGUCGAAGUUGGAAGGAAUGGCAUUGGCACCCCUGAAUACCAGUAUAACCCAUUUCAAUGACGGAAUUGUUUCCCUCGACAAGGUUCUGGACAAAGAAAUAGUCGGCAGAGAAGCUGUUGAGAGGAAAGAAGUAAGACUGCCUGAGGCAGUCGGAACGAUCAAGGCCAUCAAAGUAAAGGAAAACAGCAUUGUUUCGUUGGCGAAAGGAAUAAAAAACUUGCACGCCGUCGAUUUAAGUGAAGACGCAAAGAAGGACAUUGAAAAAGCCCAAAAGAGUUUCAAAGUUGCUCGUAAAAAAGCAAUUGAAGCCUUUUCUAACGACAGCCUGAGUACUGAUAAACGCCUGGUUGCCAUGGCGAUUCGUAUUAUGGCGACUUUCUUAGAGCAAGCGGACAACCCCGCGAGCUCUAUAGACUUCCUGAGAUCGUGUCUUGAAGACCUUCUCUCAAUGCCUGAAGUCCAGAAGAAUUUCAAAGCAAAGCUAAAUAAAAGUUUCAAGUUCAAGUUUGCCAAGAAUGAAAUAAAUGGAAUUGUUGCUUCCGUCUGUCAAAUGAAUCGCGAUAUUUACGAUCUAACGCGUGAGUUCGUGGAAGACGGAAGUAAGUACGGACAACUGUUGAAAUGGCCAUGUGUUGAAGUUGAUGGAGAAAAAAUCGAUCUCGUACGCGACGCAAGAAUUGCUGUAGAGCUUCAUAAGAUGGGAAAGGAACAGAUUAGUAUGAAGCCUUGGUUGUUGGGUCAGGAGGGUGAAGAAGAACAAGGAUUGAAAUCGAUAACAGGUAUCGCCGGAAAUACGAAAGAAGAAUUUAUAAUUGGAGAAAAAUAUAAAGUGAAAGUGUUUGACAAAAGUGGCAAGUUUUCCACAUCUUUCUCUUUUCCUGAUGAAUGGAAAAAUACUGAGAUUAGAGAUUUAGCAACUGAUCAGGCCAACAACGUGUAUCUUCUAACCAGCCGAAACGGCAACGAACCCUCUGGAGGAUCUGUUUAUAUUUUUGAUACACAGGCAAAAAUGCAUCACAGCUUUGAAACCAGGCCAGAAAAUGAAGUCCAUUCAGUAAUGGUUGACAGCAGUGGCAACAUUUUGGUGUCAUUUAUAAAGAAGAAGGACGUUCGCAACUGGUCAAUCAUAUUCAAGAACGCGGGCCCUAACUUCAAACCCACAGAUGUAGCGUUCAUAGUGGAUGUAUACGAAAAUAGUAAGAAGAAUGGUCGCAGUAUUACUGUUGCAUGCGUCGAUCCGAGUUCUUGUCUUUGUACAAUUAUUGAUGGACAUGUUAUCGUAUUACACCCCAAAGAUUCCACCCUUCACAUAUUUGGCAUCACAGAAUACUAUCAGGGUAAAAAGGAACUGGCUCAACUGAAACCACAAGGUGUUGUCCAUGGUAUGGAAUUUCAUCAGCCUAGUGAACAGUUGUGUAUCCUCUCAGAAGGCAAAGAUUCCGCCCUACGUGUCUCGCUCUAUAGCAGAGAUGGCGAAUACCGCCGCACAAUUCUUCUAGGUGUUUCCUUUACCUCUGAGCUCCAGGACAAACCGAAAUUUGCAGUGACCAACGACGGACACUUUGUCUUAGGGCCUCUAAGAAAGGACGAAGGUUUCAAUGCGGUUACAUGCGUUAUUAAAUGAGGAGGUUAAUACACGUUACCCAGCAUAAGUGUACUGUUUAGCGUUUCAUUUCAUAGUGUUUGAGGAAAUUGCUGAUUAUUCUUUUCUAUAUGCAACAUUUUACACAAAAGUAAGAGAACUGGUUUGCCGAUUUUAUCUAUGCAACAAGGUUUUCAAUGAUUCUAUGAGGUGAUCAUUUACUAGAACUUACUAAUGUGACAGUUAGCUCAAUUGGUUAGAACGCUGAAUUGUGUUGUGCGGGAGGUCGAGGGUUACAGCCCCGGCCGGACCAAU